CUGUGGAGAGUAGGAGAAGUGUUACAUAGUAGACUUUCCUAUAGUCUGCACUGCUGUUUCAAUGGAUAUAUGCAUCUGCCAGGGGGCUCUUUACUACAAAAGUGUGAUGUUCUAAUAUCUUAGUGUCAAUUAGUGUGCUUUUUGUGUGUAAUCAUGGCAGUUGUCAUGUCACAUAGACCUAUAAAGAUGACUUCCAAAGAUCUGGCCGUACAGGAGAGCCACAGACAGCAAGUGGACAGAAUUCUCCAUGAGUUGUCUCGUGGCACCUUGCUCCAUAAAGUCAAGAGUGGUGGCAUGUUGUACCCACGUACCUUCUACCUAGACACAAAGGAUAUGGUCCUACGUUACACCGGCUCCGAAAAACGCUUCCGCAAAAAAAGACUUACAUGGCAAAUUUCCAAGAUCCGAGAAGUUCGGGACGGAGAAAAGGAUUACUCCAAGAGAUUAGAUCCUUUUGAUAGAGGGCGUUGCUUUGCAGUCAUUUUCGGAGCCAAUCAUGAAGUUCUGUACCUGUAUAGUAACUCCAUCUAUGAGCGAGACAUGUGGGUCAAGGGCAUCCAGUUUGCGAUUCACAUGGAACAGUACAUGGACCAGAAGCAACAGGCUGAUAGAUGGAUCAAAGACGCUUUCAACAUGGCUGACAAAAACAAUGAUGGCAGUCUGGAUUUUGAUGAGGUGAUGAAGCUUCUGAAGCAGUUGAAUGCUGACAUGGAUAAGAAAUAUGUGAAAGCUCUUUUUGAUAAAGCUGAUACAGAGAAGUCUGUUAAAGGCAAGUCUCGCUUGGACAAAUCAGAGUUUGUACAGUUCUAUCAUCUCCUCACAGAGAGGGCAGAGAUUGAAGAGAUAUUCCUCAGGUACGAUGGUGGUAAAGGCUACAUGGACUGCCAGGACCUGCAGAACUUCCUCAAAAAUGACCAAAAGGUGACCAUGCAUGAGGAAGAUGUCAACGAGAUAAUUGCCGCAUAUGAACCACAAAAACAGUUACAGUUAGAUGACCGCAUGGGCCUUAUAGGUUUCAGAACAUUCCUUACAAGUCGAGACCAACAAAUGUUUAACCCAUCCUGUCGUCGUGUUUAUCAAGACAUGACACAACCCAUCACAAAUUAUUACAUCUCAUCAUCUCAUAACACAUACUUGGUGGAAGAUCAGCUCAAGGGCCCUAGUCGUGUGGAAGCUUAUAUCACUGCCCUCUCCCGUGGCUGUCGUUGUGUGGAACUUGACUGCUGGGAUGGCCCAGAUGAUGAGCCUGUGAUAUACCAUGGUUACACACUCACCUCAAAAAUCCUAUUCCGAGACGUUAUUGGUGCCAUCAAAGACUAUGCUUUCCACUCCUCACCAAGGGAUCAAGGUGACAGAAGCUAUCCCACAAUUCUGAAAGCUCUUCAUCAUGUCGCCUUUGUCCAGAUGCAUAAUAUUACUGUGUCUUUACUAAAUUGUUUUUUAUUAGAUUUGGUAUAUGCACCCACAGAACUGCCAGACAAGAUCCCAUCUCCUGCUGACUUGAUGGGGAAAAUUGUCCUGAAGGGUAAGAAGUUGCCAUGGAGUCAGAGCUCAGAUGAAGCAGAAGUGAGUGAUGAAGAGGAUGAGGCUGCUGAGAGUCAGGAAGAGGUCAAAAGCAAAAGCAAAAACAAACACAAGCUCUCCAAACAGUUCUCUGAUGCCGUGGGCAUGAAGGCCAUCAGCUUCAAGUCAAUAGACGAGGCCAUCUCAUCAAAUGGUAUAUUCGUGUCACUGGGGGAGAGCAAAGUGCUGAAAAUGAUCAAUAAUGAAAUAAAAGCUGUCAACCGACUUUCCCAUCAUAUGUUGGUACGAACCUACCCCUCUGGCUCCCGAACCGACUCCAGUAACUAUAAUCCUGUCCCCAUGUGGACAGCUGGCUGUCAAGUGGUUGCACUCAACUUCCAGACGACUGGUGGAGAACCCAUGCAGCUAUUACACGGAAAGUUCCUUGACAAUGGAGGUUCAGGAUACGUACUUAAACCAGAUUUCCAGCUAUCAGAAGAGAAGUUUGCUUCCCAGGUAGCAAAACCUACCAGGAAGAAGAAGCUGAAAAUGAAGAUAAUAAGUGGCUAUCAGAUUCCUAAGCCAAAAGAUUCAAAGAAAGGAGAGGUCAUUGAUCCGUUCAUCAAGAUCGAAGUACACGGAGCUAAGUCUGACAACCAGCAAGUGAAGACAAGUGUUAUACAGAAUAAUGGAUUCAACCCACAGUGGAAUGAAACAGUGAGCUUCACAUUGAACUUUCCUGAACUGGUGUUGUUACGAUUUGUUGUAUAUGACAGUGACAGAUAUGUGGACGACUUCAUCGGCUAUUAUGUCAUUUCACUCUCAUGUUUACAACAAGGGUAUCGCCAUUUCCCACUGUUCAACAAGGCUGGAGACCAGUUGCCGCAGGCAUUGAUUUUUGUCCACACCGAGAUCCUGGAUGCUUGAAGGUUUAUCUGAUAACUACCUGCUGGUCGUUGGUUCUUCAGCUGAUUUUUGGUGACUUGUCUGAUUUUCAGGAUAUACUGAAGUGUACAAAUGUGUGUCAAAAUAUUUCAAAUCACCCGACAUUCAUUUACCAAAUUUUUAAGCAACGUAACUUUGAGAUGGAGAACAAGUGCCACCAGCAUUAGUGACACACAUACAGAUGCAGGGCUGUGAUUGAAUCUACAAUCCUGUUCACAUUUUAUCUAUAGAGUUGUCAAAUGUAUAUUUUUUUACUUGGUAUGCUGGUCCAGUUAAAGUCUAUGUUAUAUGGCUUUAUUGUUACCUGACCUAAUAUUCUGGAAUGGCAUCUGUAACUGUGUACCUAGUGUAUAUCUGUUGGCUC